AUGGUAAGGUUUUUGCAGUUUUUCUUUCUUUAAUUCUCUUCGGAAUGGUCUGAGAUUAGAUUAUUUGGUCUAGUGUAAUUUUUUUUAGAAUAAAUGCAUUUUGUUAGCCUAAAAGCCUCUUGAAAAAACUUGUAUGGCUGCUAAAAUUAAUUUUUCAGUAUUUCAGCCGGUCUACGAGCUGCAGUUGAAGGCCACCUUGGAGAAUGUGACAAAUCUUCAAGUUGAUGAUCCCGAAACUUUUGAUUGGGGAUUGAAGUUCAAAUGUGGCUCAUGCCGCGAAGUUUCGGAACGGGUGAGAUAUGUGUGUGCCAAAGAUGUUGUUGAGAUACCGAACUCGCGAGGAACAGCGAAUUAUGUGGAGAAAUGCGGGUUCUGCAAUAAAACUGCGACUGUCAGUAAGUUUUUUGAUUCUUUGGUUGUUGAAGUUUAGAUAUUGAAGAGGCAAGACUGAAUAUCGCAAAGAAAAUGAUUGGACAAGCUUUUGGCUGUUUUUAUCUCGGAACAUUUACGAGCUGCAGUUUCUAUGAGCCGUUAUAGCGAUACUACUUUACUCAUCAAAAUUAUUCCCCAAUUUUUUGCCUUUUCUUUCGUUACUCUCUAAAAUACAGCUUCCAGAUAUUGUCCCGGACUCCAUUAAAGCGGUAAAGGAGUCAGAUGAAUUCACAACCAUUUGCAAGUUUGAAACUCGCGGAACAGAGCCGGUGGAGUUCGAAAUCUCCGGGCAAUGGAGAUGCGAAGGUACUGAAUCUGGAACAAAAUUUUCUGAGGUUGAUUUGAGCGAUGUGAGUUGGCUUUUAAAUGCUGUUAUCUGAUCUUAUCUUGUCUCUCAUGCCUUCUAAAAUUUAUUUGUCAACACUUUUAUUUUUUUUUACUUAUUCCAUUUUUUAGGCUUGGGCUGACUUUGACGAAAAAGCUGAUGCUCCAGUGACGAUAAUGGAUGUGGAAUCGCGAUUCAAAUAA